GCUCCUGCCCCACCAACUUUCCUGAAGUCUGUUAUUGCGAAGCCUCCUCCAGGUUCACAAAGAUGGCUGGAACGACCCCAAAAAGACUGUUGGAUCUUGCUAUGCAGAGUCUGCUCAGCAGGGAGUCUGCAGCAAUCCAAGCUCUAGAGGACAUUCCAAGAGAGCUUUUUGUUCCAUUGUUCAUUGCUGCCUUUGAAGGUGGACAUAAGAGUACAUUGAGUGAGAUGGUGAAAGUUUGGCCCUUUUACUGUCUCCAUAUUGGGUCAUUGCGUGUACAGCAACCUCAACAUGAACUCCUAAAAGCCAUGAUUGAGAAUCUUCCCGUAUUUCCUGCACAGACCUUUGCUUCUCGGAGACCUAAACUGAGGAUCCUAGAUUUAAGGCAAGACACUGACUGUAGGACCGCAUGCCCUGAAGUCAGAAACAGAUCACCUUCCUGUUUUUAUUCUUGUGCUCAUUCUGACCGCUCUAUCAUAAAAAUGGAAAGACAGCUUUGUUUUGUAAAUUCAGAGUAUAAAGCUUUCUUACCCAGGCCCGUAGAACUACUAGUGGAUCUUUCCCUUGAUGGCUCCUUAAUGGAAAAGGAAUUUUUGAUUUUGCUUAUGCGUAAAAUUGAGGAGAGUUUUGGGUCUUUGCAUGUGUGCUGUCGAGAUUUGCAAAUUGAUAAAUUGUGUAACUGCAAAUGCACUCUGAAAUUUUUUGAUCUCAAAUGUGUUGAUCAGUUGUCAGUUGAUAGGGGCUCACUGAGUGACAUCACCAGCAUCCUGUGUCGGAUGGUCCACCUAGAAAGCCUUAGUCUGUCUAAUGUCACUUUUAGAUCUCUGAAUGGGAAGGUCUUUAAAAUUUUUCUCAGUCACUUGCAGCGUAUGGAACACCUGAAGGAACUCAGCUUAACUUCAUUCUGCCUCAAAAAUCAUCUGGACAGAUUGCUCAGAAUCUUACCACCUCGUUUGGAUUUCUUGUAUCUGCCAUCCUGUGAUCUUUCGUACAGAGACUUCAAAUUUAUGUCCCAGAGUCCUCAGGUCACCCACCUAAAGCUAUUAAAUCUUAGUAACAAUCCAAUGUAUUGGGAUGACCUUGAACCAUUUUACACUAUUCUGUCAAAUCUCUCUGGUACUCUUCAGCAUCUAGAGGUAAAUCAUUGCCUUAUAAGUGAUUCUGCAAUCUCUGCUCUUAUCCCUGCCAUAACUAGAUGUACCCGUCUCCGUGUGCUGGGCUUUGCUUCUAACCCCAUCACAAUGCCUAUGCUUGUGAAUAUCAUGCAUAAUUUAACACCCAUGAAGGAGCUAAAAUACGUGAUUUAUCCUAUUCCUGUGCAUUGCUAUGAAAGAUGGCAUUUUCAGGGCAGUUUAGACAGACAGAAGCUUGCCAUUGUACAACUACAACUGAAGGCGAUGCUAGAACUUGCACACAGAGAGGAUAUGAACUUGCUCACUUACUGUGAGUAAAUUUCACAGGCUCACUUACUGUGAGUAAAUUUCACAGUCCAACACAGUUUUAACCUGAUAUGCAUCAUUUAAGUACUAAAUGUUAUUUCCUGGACCCAUAGACUUGAUCUAUAAGGUUCUUACAUUGUAUGGAAUUACACAGGAAGUAUAGGUGUGUAACUAUCUCCUAUCGAGAAUAACUUAACAAAAACUGAGGGACUUCAAGAGUUUCUGAAUAGUUCCUGUCACUAUUGACAGAUUACUGACAACAGUAGAGUUUAUAUUUUACAGGACGAUCAAGUCCUGCUAUGCUAUAUCCCUGGCCAAACUUUGGUUUGCUUGUGGGUACAUUACACAAACCAGGACAAUGACAGCCUUUCCUGUCUGUGUUUGUGAAAAAGGGCAGCAGAUUCUGAAGACAGUGUUUUCAUCCCAUUAGUUUAGUCUGUUUUGGGUUGCUUAUGAAAAACUAUCAGAAUUUAACAGUGGGCCAGGAAAGAAAGAUAGCAGAGGUUCUGAGAUUUCAAUACUCCUCAGGAACAUAAAUACAGUGACCUACUUCCUUGAUGUAGGUCCAUUGUAAAGUUUCUAGCACUGACCAUGAAGUCUUCAGCUGGGUAUCCAGCCUUUGUCCCAUAAAUUUUGUAGUGGUAUUUAGAAUUCUUGCCACAAAUAUCUCCUACUUCCUGUAGUUCUCUUAACUCUGUACAAUUCCUUAGCAUUAUAAAUCAUUCCCUCUAUAUAUUUUGCUUCUGUUUUUUCCCAGUAGCUGUCCCUCAUUUGGUAUGAUACAUAGUAGCCACAUGUGAAUACUGAGUCCAACUUAUUUCAUUUUCCAAAAUAUGACAUAAUUAAAAAUUCAGUUUGCAUAUCCUAGACUUACUUAGAAAUGAUGUAUGCCACAUCAAUAAUUAGCAGUUUACGUGGGACAAAGGAAAUACUUUAUUCAUCCAGUUGCUUACCACACAAGCACACCAGUGCUCAGAUGCCUAACAUAUGUGUAAAAAGCUGGGCACCAAAGUGCACAUUUGUAACUACAAUACUGAAAGGGUGGAGGAACUAAGAUGCUUAGUUACAUGGCCAGACAGCCUAACAAAUUAGUGGAGUCUAGGUUGAAUGAGAGAUCCUGCCUCAGAAAAUAUAUUCAGAAGUGGUUUAAGAAAAUACCAGAUACCAACACCUCCCACAUGCACAUGCACAUGCACAUGUACAUGCACAUGCACAAGCAUAUAUGAAUCUUCUCCCACACACAAACAUGGAAACAAAAAGCUCUUACUUGUAUUGUUAAAUUGUUGAGACAGCAGACUGCAUUACAGAGGCAUGGUAAAAAUAACAAAUUAGCACUUAUCACUUUCUUUCACAUAUUGAAAUACCAAAAUGACUACAUUUCAAUGACUGAGUAACAAAAAGGACAGAAGUAACAACUUACACAUAAUAUUUUUCUGUUGAAAUAACUUAGUAAAAGCAAUGACUUAUAUUUUUCCUUUUUUUAAGUGAAGUCAUACUCAGUGUAGUCUGGCCACAGAUUAAAAAUUAAUAGAAUUUUUUUAGUAGUAAUACUGACAAAUAAAUCAAACUAUAUUUUACAGGCAUAAUACAGUAAGAAAACUGUCAAGGUAGUUAAUACUUUUUAUUAAUUUUCUUUUGGUGGAAAUAGAUUGUAUUCCCAAAUUAGUAAGAAAAACAUGUCAAAAUAUACUAUAACUCAUGUGUCAUAUUUCCCUUGUGAUACAUUUCAAAUUUGUUCAUAUUUUUUGUUGUGCUUGUAUCAUGAUGUAGUGCACCCAACUUUAAAGAUCUAUUAAAAUGCCAGUGUAAUGAACAAUUUCCCUUACAUUGUUUCCAACUUAAAAAUUACAGGUUUUUUGCACUUUGUAUUAAAUAAAAUGUUA